GAUGAUGAGUUGGGCAAGGCGACCGAGGAGCUGCAGCAGCUGCGAGCGGAGAACGAAGCGCUGCGCGGCGGUGAAGAAGAAAAGGCCCGUGCCCUGGAGCAGUUCGAUGAUGAGUUGGGCAAGGCGACCGAGGAGCUGCAGCAGCUGCGAGCGGAGAACGAAGCGCUGCGCGGCGGUGAUGAGGAGAAGGCCCGUGCCCUGGAGCAGUUCGAUGAUGAGUUGGGCAAGGCGACCGAGGAGCUGCAGCAGCUGCGAGCGGAGAACGAAGCGCUGCGCGGCGGUGAUGAAGAAAAGGCCCGUGCCCUGGAGCAGCUUGAUGAUGAGCUGGGCAAGGCGACCGAGGAGCUGCAGCAGCUGCGAGCGGAGAACGAAGCGCUG